ACUGAAUACAAUACCUAGCUAGCUUCAUACACAGUCCUUUGGCACAUAAACAUACCAACAAUCUUUGGUAGUAAUGGAGGUUUCUUCACUUAACAAAACGCUUAUCUUGUUGGUUCUUCUGUUAGCCACCUUCACCACCAUGUCACUAGGCCAGGGCAAUGGGCGUGGCAGGCAAGGAACUCGGGUGGGAUUCUAUAGGGCCACCUGCCCAAGAGUAGAAUCCAUAGUCCAAUCAGCGGUACAGUCUGCUGUCCGAGCCAACCCCACAGUUGCACCUGGUUUACUAAGGAUGUUCUUCCAUGACUGUUUUGUUAAUGGUUGUGAUGCGUCUAUUCUCAUCGAUGGCCCAUCCACUGAGAAGACUGCGCCGCCCAACUCCCUCUUGAGAGGCUUUGAUGUUAUCGAUGCUGCAAAGUCCCAACUUGAAACCAUCUGUCCUGGAGUGGUCUCUUGUGCUGAUAUUCUUGCCCUUGCUGCACGUGAUUCUGUAGUCCAGACCGGUGGACGUAGUUGGCAGGUGCCAUUAGGGCGUAGAGAUGGAUUGGUUUCACAAGCAUCUGAUACCGCAGCCUUACCUGCGUUUAACGACCCUAUUAGUGUUCAAAUCAGAAAGUUUGCAGACAAAGGUCUUAACACACAAGAUCUUGUUACUCUUGUUGGCGGACAUACAAUUGGAACGUCAGCUUGUGCAUUAUUCAGCUACAGACUAUACAACUUCAACAAUACCAAUGGACCUGACCCUGAAAUAAACCAAGCGUUCCUUCCCCAACUCCGAGCACUUUGUCCCAAUGGUGGUGAUGGGUUGAGGCGUGUGGCCCUUGAUACAGGCAGCGUUGAUCGCUUUGGCAGUUCCUUCUAUGAAAAUCUGAGGAAUGGACGAGGAGUUCUUGAAUCCGAUGCAAAGCUAUGGAGCGACCGGAGGACUCAGAGGUUUGUACAAGGGUUUCUGGGAACGAGAGGGCAACCUGGAUCGAGAUUCAACAGCGAGUUUGGAAGAGCCAUGGUGAAGAUGGGUAAUACUGAGGUGAAAACGGGAAUGCAAGGAGAAAUUCGUAGUGUUUGUACGACAACCAAUUGAUCAUGAUGUGGGUUUUAACUUGAAUCAUAAGUUGUUAAUAGCAUAAAUUUGAUUUAAAUCAAUCGAAAAUUGUAUGAGUAUUUGAUUUGUUUAAAACGGAACGUGCUGCAAUGAAUUCUU